UUAUCUCCGUCACCGACUGUGGGAAUGUUUUUGUGAAGAAUUGGUAUUUUCAACAGUAAAGAAAUAAAAGAUAUUAGAACAGAUUUAAUGUAAUCGUCAUGAAACAUGAUUUAUUUAGUGAAUAAAGUUGUAUUGUGCAUCUUGGUGGUAGCUGCAACGGUGUCCUGCAGAAUACAUAAACUGCAUCUUUCGGACGAUGAGCGUCGCUACGUGGAUCUCACGACCUUCGGGUUCUUCAAGGGCGGUGUACUCGACGUCAAGUUGGUGGAUUUCAUGAUGCCGUCAGGUCCUGUUUAUGGAGAGUACGGGUUCACGUUAGACCGGACGAUAAAUGCAGCAAUAAGUCCGUACCUAGCGCAGUCUACCUCCGCAACAUGUUACCUCAAGGAGACCGACACCAACAUACUGUCGCCGCAGCACCCUGCGAUCGUCUUUCUGAAGAUGGACUUCAAGAAUCUCAGAUUAAACGUGACGUGCAAAGCCAAAGUGUUACAUCUGUAUGAGAACAGAUCUUCAAUACCAGACACUAUACCAACUGAGGAAAAGUGUUCCUACACAAUGUUGCCGAUUACAAAGGAGACGAGGAAUGGCUUCGACUACUAUAAUACUAGCUUUGCGCUGUACGUGGCUACUGAUCAAGAAGAAGGUCUCUACAAUCUCUACUUCAACAAUUGUCCGAACCCCGACGCCGGCACGACGACCGCAGUCAACAUGAUUGUGGAAAUCUACGAGAGUAAUGCUGGUAACUUCUUAUCGGCAGGGGAGAUGCCACUUCCAGCGUUAUAUAGCAUGAUGUCACUCAUCUUCCUUACGUGUGCUGCCCUCUGGACUUUUAUCCUGCGAACUAGUCGACAGCCUGUCUACAGGAUACACAUCAUUAUGUGUGUCCUUGUCUAUCUGAAGGCUCUCUCUCUUGCCUUCCACGGCAUUAACUACCAUUUCAUUCAGACGAAAGGCGAACACGUUACUGCUUGGGCGAUUCUCUUCUAUAUUACGCAUUUAUUGAAGGGAGCGGUGUUGUUUGUGACCAUUGUACUUGUAGGCACCGGCUGGAACUUCAUCAAACACAUACUUUCUGACAGAGACAAGAAGCUCUUCAUGAUUGUAAUACCUCUGCAGGUUCUAGCGAACGUAGCUGAGAUAAUACUAGCGGAGAGCGAGGAAGGUGCCGCGGAACAUAACGCGUGGCGCGACAUCUUCGUACUGGUGGAGUUGCUUUGCUGCUGGGCAAUCAUGUUCCCUGUCGUAUGGUCAAUACGUCACCUGCAGGACGCGUCGAGUACGGACGGCAAGGCGGCCAUCAACCUGCGCAAGCUCAAGCUGUUCCGACACUUCUACGUCAUGGUCGUCUGCUACAUAUACUUCACGAGGAUCGUCAUAUCCAUAUUAAAUAUCACAGUGCCAUUCCAAUACGCGUGGAUAGACGAAAUGUUCCGAGAGAUGGCGACACUGGCGUUCUUUGUUAUGACUGGCUACAAGUUCAGGCCGGCCGCUGCCAAUCCUUAUUUCACGCCAACACAUGUCGAUGAUGUGGAGCCACAAGUACUGUCAGACAUCGGGGUACUUGAAGGAGUGACGCGGAUAGCGAACCGAGGCGACAGAAAACGGGAAGAUCUACAACCGUUAAUGCAGGAAACUAAUUACAAUUCUGAUUAGGUGUAAGUCUACUAUUAUAUAAUUACCUGUAAGUGACGGCUUGCCGACGUUCUAGUGAAACGUUUAUAAAAACCUCGAAAUCAUUUGUUACUUAUAUCAUGGUUCUAUAGGAUACUCCAUUUUAUUUAUCCCUAUGGCACCCGUACUGUAGUGUCGAAUAUACCAUACACUUAAACUUCUAUUUCUAUCUAAUUCAGUAGCUAAGUUACCUCUGUCUUUAUGUGAACUUAAUAUUUUUAAAGUGUUGAGAAAGGAGAAGUCAGAUGAUUUCAAAUCUCAUAAUAUUUAAUGGUAUAAUUGGGUAGAUGACAGGAUAAGAAAAUUAAAAUCUAAUUAGUCCGUCAGUUAGAUAAUGAAAGAAAUAUUAGACACGUAUUUUUUAUUUUGUUGUAUAAUAAAAUAAAUUGAUAGGUACUUAGAUAUAACGAAUCCAAGUUUAGAAGUGGAGGCUAAAAAGUCAUCUGCGUAUAAAAUGUACAUAGAAGUGACGUCGCGUGACAUUUCAAAUCUAUAUAUCGACAAAAGUAUUAGUUUCUG